AUGACUGAAGUUGAAACUGGUGGAAUAUUCCCAACAGCCGUUUCAGAUACACUUGUUGGGAAGUCUUCUAGGACUAAUACAUCAAGUUCAACUUUUGAAGAAAAUGAAGAAAUGAACAAAAAUUUACAAAAUGAGAAAACAGAAACAGACUCAAUCGAAAUUACAGGAGAAGAAGCUUCCGAGGAAUCAAAUGCUACUUUGGAAGUGCAUUCCCAAGAAAAUUCUCCAAGGCAAGAUAUUUUGAAAGACAAAAUCACUCAUCCAAUACUUAAACCACAAAAUAAUAAUAAUAAAUCGAAAACCACACAACUUUCAAGGAAUAACAAAGUGCCAAAAACUCCAAACGCCAGAACAUCGAAAUUUAGAAAGACUCAGUCAAUGGAUCAGAGCAGAAAGAACAAAAGAACGAUGAAUUACAGGGAAGUGCACGAAGAGGUUCCAAAUAAAGUUAAAAAUAACCCUUAUAUUAUGAAACGCCUUAAUACAGUGCCAGAAAACCCUCCAAAACCCCCGCGAGCAGCUUUGCCUAAAGAAGAGUAUCGUCCAAAGCCAGAAAUAGUUAUUGAUGACUAUACUCAAUCGUUGAUAGAUAAAAAACCUUUAGAUAUUGAACCGACGAUCGAACAAUUACAAGCUUCUUCAUAUCAAUUGAGGAACCUCGAAAAAGAUCUCGUUGAUAAAUCCGAUUACAAAGAAGCCAAAAAAGCUGCAGAAGCUCAUGAUUACGUUGCUGCCAAAUUGAAGCGAGAAACCGCAAUCAAAGACAGUAAGGCAACAAUAGAAGACCUAAUCUCUAAAAGAAAUGAGCUUUGCGCCCUCGUAGAGCACUUAAAUUCGUAUUAUGAAGAUUUAAUUCAACAGCACCAAGAAGAAUUCUCUCAAAAAGCAUCAGCGAUGAGAGAACAACAGCAAUCGGAGCUAGACAAGUUCGAUGAAGAGACUCCUUCCGAAUUACAACCAGAAUUCAAGAGAUAUUCCGUAACUUUGCUAAAAAUGAGAAGUGAAGAAAAGAAUUUGGCCCUUAACCGAAAAUUUGACGAAGCCAUCGCCAAAAAAGCAAAAGCGGAUAAACUGCAAAAACAAGAAGAACAGCUGAACCACGAGAAGAUGGAUGACUACUAUAGGUUGAAGAAGCUAAGGAUGAUGGAAAAACAUAAUAAAGUCAUGGAAACGUUCACACAAUUUAAUGAAUCAAGAUUUAACGAAAUUUUGGGCCAAAGAAAGAAACAAAUAGAACCUUUGCAGGCAAGAAUCGAAUCCUAUGAGAAAAUGAUUGCAGAUUUAUGCGAAAAAAGAAAUAUAAAAUCAAAACACCUUAAUUUCGAUGCAAUUGACGAUGAAAGACUGGAAAGACUCAAGACUGCAUCCCAAAGUAGAAGUCCGUCAGCUCCAAGAACGCAAUCUGCAAUGUCAAGGACAGUUUCAAAAUCUAAUCCGGUAGUGAAGCCGAAAGUUGCUUCCCAGACGAAAUGA